AUGGGAUGUGAGGGCACGGUGAAAAGUUCAACGCGACUGCUAUCACUUCCCAUUCCAGUGAUGGGCUUCCAAGAUAUGGAGAAGGUGUUUGUGAACGGCACUUUGAAUGAGCCUUGGUUUGUUCUUGUCGGCUCGUUCAUUGCCUUCUUCAUUCCUCUGGUCAUCAUGGUGGUCUGCUACUACCUCACCCUCUGUGUUCUCCAUCAACAAUGCAGUGCCUUCCCUCAAGAGACCAAGGGGUACUCCAAAUGUUCCUCAGCUCAGACAGGUGACACAAGUCUGCUUAACAACAGCUCCUCCUCCCAGAUGCCUACUUUUUUGCUUAAAAAGCAUCAGGUUAGUAGUGAAGAUCAAGGUAGACGAGGAAUGAUGAAAGCUAUUAGAAAUGAGCAACGGGUCUGCAAAGUCCUGGGCAUUGUGUUUUUCCUCUUUCUGGUGAUGUGGUGUCCGUUCUUCACCACCAAUGUGGUGAUCGCUGUCUGCCAGUACAACUGUGAGCAUCUUGAGCAGCUCAUGAAUGUUUUUGUGUUGGUGGGUUAUGUCUCCUCUGGUGUGAACCCUCUGAUCUACACACUCUUCAACAAGACCUAUCGGCAUGCCUUCAGCCUCUACCUGCAAUGCAAAUAUCACAGAGAUAUUGCAAAGGGAAGAAAAAGCACAACUCAUUUCCGGUGA